GCGAAUUAUCGAUAGUCAAUUUCUUAACUAGCAUUGUUUUGGUUUAUUCUUUGUUUUCAUUUUAACAUCUGUUGGACUAUUGCGAUACAACAAAUGGAGCAGAAGCUGGAAAAAGUGCUCAACGAAAUCGUCACACAACAAGACACUGUGGGUGCAUUGCUAGCAAAUCGACAAGGCUUAUGCUUAGGUGCCAAGGGCAAUAUUAAUCCCAAUGUUUCCGGCAUCGGGAUGGCCAUAUCCAAGCAGGUUGACAAACUGGAGCCAAAUGUCAGUGUUCCAGCCACCAUUUGCCUUUACAGUGGCAAUAAGCGCUGUGUUAUACAAAAGGAUGGCGAAAUCACUGGCAUUAUUUACAAGCAAACAACAACAGCGGCAACUUCGGCGAGCAAUUAACAAUUGCAUUUACAAGCAGUCUUAGGCCCCAUAAAAGACAUAUUUCUUCCAAGUGCAUUGCAACAGCACCAACAACAACAGCAACAACAGCAACAGCAACACCAGCAACACUAGCAACAACAGCAACAACCAAAGCAACUGUAGAAUCAUUGCCACAAGGAGAGCCAUUGCAAUUAUUUAUUAGGUUGAGCUGUUAGUCUUGUUAAUUUGUUUUAAAUGGCAAUCCGCAUAUUGUUUAUCCAUUACUUAAUACAUAUUUAUAUAUAAUGGCUCUAUUGUUUCGUAGCCUUAAGCCAAAUCGAUUAUGUGCGAUAUAUACCCGUUAUACAUAUAUCUGAAAAUUUUAUAUUUAUCCAAGCUUUAUUCAAUAUUUAGCAGUCAUAUGUAUAUAUACAUUUUGUACGAUUAAGCCUGAAAGUGAUCAAAGCAUAGAUACAUAUAUAAACUUAAAGCCUAUUCCGAAUUCCGAUUUCGAUUUCUCUUUAGUUUUUGCUAUAUUUCACCAUGAAUAUGUUUCAGUUAUUUUAAGCACCUUCUACGAUUAUCAACAAUUUAUUAUUAUUAUACGUUAAUUGAGUUUAUCCAUAAUUUUUCAGCUUCCUUUCCAACUAUUAAAAAUAAAUUGUAAUUUUAUUUCUUGUUUAUAAUUUCCAAUGUGCCGAGUUCGGAAAUGGCCCGAAAAAUAUAUUGUAAUAGCCAAAAAUGCUGAA